AUGGCGUGCGAAGGAGAAGCAGGGCCAGGGGCGCGUCGAGAGGGUGCAGUAGUUGCUGCUGCUACCAGCAGCGAGAUACUUGGUGGCGACGAGGAGAAACGGGAGGAGAAGCACACGGGACAAGAGCUUCUCUGGCGGGACUGCUCCAGUGACCAGUCUGCAAGGUCGUGUCACAGCGAAGAGCAUAGCUGGCGGGGUCGAGGUCGAGCGACGGUGAGAGGCGAAGUGGACGACUUCGGCCUGGCACGCGGAGGCAAAGCAGAGGAGGGGGCGGAGCAGAAGGGAAGAGAAUCAUGGCGGCUCCAUGGCCGGCUUCAGCCCAUGGCGCGGGGUUCUGGUUCGAGCGGUGCAAGGAGGCACGGGAUCCGUGAGCAGAGGGGCUAA